GUCUUGUUCAUUCCAGGAAAUCUGUUACCUCAGUAUUAUUAUGAGAUUCCCACAACUCGAUUAAUCUUCAAGUACUUGAGACUAUACAGUUAAAUAUCGCUCUUCAACUUCGCAAUACAAUUUCAGAGUUAUGUCAGACAAGUGGAACUCUGCCUUUCUUUCUUGCGCUUGGAAUAGACGUUGGUUUCCUGAUUGUGAUGAUUACGGGAAAUUCUCAUUGGGAGAUGGGGAUAUCCGCCUGCUAGAUCUUGAACCCGACCAAUCAGAUCAACCUAUUAGAUGUACAACGUCAAUAGGUCGUGCUACGGGAUGUGUCAACCAGUAUUACGCACUUUCAUAUACAUGGGGAUCUAGGAACGACAUGAAGACCAUCAUCUGCAACGGAUCCGUAAUCGAAGUCACCAAAAAUCUCUUCGACGCUCUAUUCUCUUUCCGGCGAACCGACAUGCCUACUCGGCUUUGGGUCGAUGCUCUUUGUAUCAACCAGCAAGACAAUGACGAGCGCACAAGAAUGGUUAAAAUAAUGACAGAGAUAUAUCGAAAUGCGUCAUACGUAGCUGUUUGGGUUGGACCUUCGACAUCUUCAACGACAUUGGCGGUAGAGUUAAUUCACAGUCUUGAGGCGAAGUUCUCAGAUUUCAAGUCUGUAGCACUAGGAACAACUCCAUGGAGCGAAGUUGAAGCAAUGGGUCUACCACAUCCUCUAGAUUCCCGGUGGAAAGUCUUGGAUCAAUUCUUAAGCCAUCCAUGGUUCCGACGUGUAUGGACCAUCCAAGAGGUUUCUGUGACAAGAAAAGCGGUCUUCUGUUGUGGGCCGCACAAGGUUGAUUUCGAAACCCUUUACAUGGCUGUCGUUCUUACAGAAGCGAUAUGUUUCAAUGGGCAACGAAAGCAACUUUAUCGUCUGGGUUACAAACGAGUAAGGAGAUUAAACAAGUACCGCCGCGCUAUCAAUGCACCAAAAUAUCAUUUGCCUCUUUGGGAGCUUUUAUGGAUGGAGCGAACCGCUCAGGCGACUGAUGAUCGGGAUAAAGUAUUUGCGCUCCUUGGUCUCGCAUCAGACGUCAAUAUGGAAGCUUCAGAUGCUAUAAUUCCUGAUUAUACACUCGAUACAGCCGAGGUUUACACUAAAACCUUCCAAUGGAUAGCCAGGAAGACCGACACUUUGGAUUUUCUUGCAAUAGCUGGGAUUCCACCGCAGCCUACCAAGUAUUUGUUACCUUCCUGGGUGCCAGACCUGAGCUUUGUAUUGAUGACAUUGCCAUUGAACCUAUUAGGGAUCGGAUCUGCAUACCCAAAAUGCGACAAUCAAAGCAAAGGACGUAGCUUGGGCUAUGACGGGAUAAAAUUCAUAAUGCAGGGCAUCUUUAUUGAUAAGGUGCUUGUAUCUGGUAAAGUUCAUCGAGGAUCCCCCGAAAAUGAAGAUGCCCCUCCUGAAAUUGCGAUAAAAACCUGGAUGGACAUGUGUUCGGACUCUUUUGGCAAAAGGGGUUUUCAUGAAUACCCAGCCUCUGAUUGUCAUCAUUGGAAAGAAGCGUUCGAUCGAACUCUUGUUGGAAAUCAAUGGAUAGAUGGCAGUGUACUUGCUGCUGAACACGAAGACGACUACCACGCUUGGAUUAAAUUGAUGCUAUUGUAUCGAGCGUGUUAUCCAAAUGGCCGUAUACCGGUACGUCUUUGGCCACCUCCAGACGUACCUCAACCAAUCGACACACUUUUGUUGGAUCGUUUUAAUCGGAUGUGUUAUGGCCGUUGUCUUUUCAUUACCGAGGCUGGAUAUAUUGGCGUCGGCCCAGAAUCUUCUACGAAAGGCGAUUCUGUCUAUAUUAUAGACGGAGUCAAAGUGCCCUUGAUACUACGUCCUAAACGUUGUUUCAUUGGAGACGGCCAGCAUGCUCCUUUUGCAAUUAGCAAUAUGUGGCAAUUAGUAGGGGAAGCAUAUGUACAUGGCAUCAUGAAUGGCGAGCGAUACAAAGAAGAUAAGAUUGAAGAGUUUCAACUUUCGUGAGGUUAGUGGAGGCUUUCUAUCAAUUUUGCAAUAAUGCUAUGCUUGAGAGCUGAAUCCUGUACUUCUCUUAAACUCGGAAUUAAUACUGCAAAAGAAAAAAAAGAAAGGGGGCGGGAACAAAAGGUUAGACAAUUUAUAAUUUAUCCUGAGCUAUUGGUUAUAUUAUUCCUUGUUUUCAAAAUUGAAAAUAAAUUGAUAUAACGGUUUGUGUUAAUCCUGCCUUCAUGUCACCCUGGAUACUUUUUAUUUAGUGCUGUAAGCAUCCUCUGCUUCAGGGUUCAAAACCGG